AUGAACAUCCUACGCACUCUUGGUGACUUGCUGCACCUUCUUGCCAUCAUCCUUUUGCUAGGGAAGAUGCUGCGGCAACGCUCUGCAGCUGGGUUAUCGCUCAAGACUCAGUUCCUGUUUGCCCUCGUCUUUACAACACGCUACCUCGACCUCUUUACGUUCCUCUCGCUGUACAACACGGUGAUGAAGAUAUUCUUUUUGGCGACAUCGUGGCACAUCUGCUACCUGAUGCGCAACAAGAGCCCAUGGAGGGCAACGUACGACCAUGAGAACGAUACCUUCCGCAUUCGCUACCUCAUCAUCCCGUGCGUUGUCCUGGCGCUGCUCUUUCACGGUGAGCCUCGUGGUGUGUGGGUGAUGGAUGUCCUGUGGGCCUUCUCGCAGUAUCUUGAAUCGGUAGCCAUUCUGCCCCAGAUCUUCUUGCUAGAGUACACAGAACGCUACGAGGCGCUGACGUCACACUACCUGGCAGCCAUGGGGGCGUACCGCUUCUUUUAUCUUCUCCACUGGAUCUAUCGCUACACCGUCUUCGGUCGCGUAAACUACGUGUCGGUGUGCGCGGGAGUGCUGCAGACGGUGCUGUAUGUUGACUUCUUUUAUCACUACCUCACACAGGUCGUGAGGCGUGCGAAGCAGCGAUAUGAUUUGGCACGGUAG